AAGCUACAAUACAUAAUAGUCAAAAGUCAGCUACCCUAAAAUGGAGGGAAACAGUGGCAGAGGAGUAAGGGGAACGAAGAAGAUCGCAAUUCUGCCAUGGGAAUUGAUAAUUGAAAUCUUGUUGAGGUUGCCGGUGAAAUCUCUUGUUCGUUUCAAAUGCGUAUGCAAGUCAUGGCUAUGUCUCCUAUCUGAUCCACACUUUGCAACAUCGCAUUUUGAACAACCCUCCACACGCACGCACAGACUCAUCUUCAUCGUAGCACCUUCUUCUCCUCAAAUCCGAUCCAUUGAUUUCAACGCAUCCCUCUACGAUGAUUCAGCUUGGGCUGCAUUAAACCUCAACUUUCUGCGUCCCAAUACGUAUCACAAUGUUCAGAUCUUAGGUUCCUGCAGAGGCUUUCUGCUUCUGAACGGCUGUCAAAGUCUCUGGGCGUGGAAUCCAUCCACAGGGGUCUACAAAAAACUAUCUUCCUCGCCUAUUGGGUCCAAUUUGAUGCGAUCCGUGUUUUAUACGUUUCUCUAUGGUUUUGGAUAUGACUCUUCAACUGAUGAUUACUUGGUGGUCAAGGCUUCUUACAGCCCAAUCUCGCGUUAUAACGCCACCACCCGAUUCGAGUUUCUCUCGCUGAGAGCUAAUGCGUGGACAGAUAUUGAGGCUGCCCAUUUGUCUUACAUGAACUCCUCUCAGGGUAUCGGAGCAGGAUUGUUUUUGAAUGGUGCUAUUCAUUGGUUAGUUUUUUGUUGUGAUGUAUCACUCGAUGUCGUUGUUGCCUUUGAUUUGACUGAAAGGAGUUUCUCGGAAAUACCUCUGCCGGUUGAUUUUUCGGAGGAGGAUGAUGACUUUGAUUCUUGCGAAUUGGGGUUGGGGGUGCUCGGAGAAUUGCUUAGUAUAAGUGCUGUGGGACGGAACCACUCAGUACAAGUAUGGGUAAUGAAGGAAUACAAAGUGCACUCGUCUUGGACUAAGACUAUUGUUGUGUCUUCUGAAAACAUUCUUUUGUUUCCCCUAUGCUCUACAAAAGGUGGUGAUAUUGUUGGGACAUAUGGUGGAACUGGAUUGGCAAAAUGUAAUGACAAGGGACAGGUGCAAGAGCAUAGAUCCUAUUCCAAUCAUCCAUAUCCAUCCCAAGUGGCUGUGUAUAUAGAGUCUCUACUUUCACUCCCCAUGUGACACCGAGCUAGCUGGAGAUGACGACUAACAAUAGCAACAAGAACGAUUAGGUUGUCAAAUAUUUUCUGCUACUUUUACUACUGUUUUCUUUAUACUCACCUUGUAUUGUGAUUUAUGAAUCCCUCUGUAGUGUUUAAAGCAUGGAAAGUAUUACGUGGAAUGAUGAAACUGCUAUACCAUUAUGUUCUGUUCUAUGUUUA